AUGUGCCCUGCAGCAGCACACUCAACAGAUGACGCUGUUGUACACAAACGACAGGCGGCGCAAAGAAUUACCAGACUACUACCUGAUGGUCAAGACUCCGCUGGCUCGACACCAAGGCGAUCACUCGAAUGGAAAGGUUCUGUAGAAGAGCUUCUGGGCUUCCGCAUAGAAGACAUUCCAACAGAAGAGAGCUGGUGGCUGGCAAGAAUUCAUCCAGAGGAUCUAUUCGAUGUGGUCAACAGCCUUUCCAAGAUCCUCGCUCCAGCGCCAGACAAACCAUAUGCUUCCGAGGCCAGGAUUUGGGCCCAAAAUUACCGUUUCAAACACGCGGACGGACAGUUUCUGUUAAUCUCGGAGAGGUCAAUUGUAGACAGAGACGAGAAUGGCAAUGUGCUCAGCAUGACGAGCACAAUCUUCGACGCUGAAAAGCGAAGAAUCGAACGAAAAGCACAUAGGGAAUUUCUGGACUCGAGAAACCAGUUUGCUCUCAUCGCCAACAACACGCCAUCGGGUAUCUGGAUGAUGGAUCCUCAAGGAUACACGACAUAUAUGAACAAUGCUGCAGAAUCGAUCACGGGUUUCAAAUUCGAGGAAAUCGCUGGCUGGACUUUCCAUGCAGCAGUGCACAGCUGCAGGCCAGAUGGCAGUCCCUACCCAGUAGCAGAGUGUCCCAUCUUUCGACAUCAACAAACUGGAACUGAGGCCAUGAACGAAUCCGAGGUCUUUGUCCACAAGAAUGGAAGCUUCUACGACAUCGUUUAUAGCGUCUCGCCGAUAGGUGAUUAUGCCAGUGGCGGUGCAGUCAUCGAAUUCCGAGAUGUGACUGCACAGAAGAAAUUGGAGCGAGAACGAUUAGCAGCAAUUGUCCAAAACGAGCAACAGUCGGUACUCAUAAAAGCAUCCGAAGACCAUAAAGCGAAUAUGGCAUCGUUUGUUUCUUUUGUUUGCCACGAGUUACGAAAUCCGCUUCAAGGAAUCUCAAGUGCGACGGAAUUUCUAUCAGAGACAUUGGAGAAGUUGGAAAACUUGACAAAAGGCAUGCAUAUCGGCGGCUCGACGGUCAAAGAUACACCAAACGUGAUUACAAACGGACACCGAAGUGAGGCUGGCGAAACUCCGAAAGACGACUCAAACUCGACGGACGUUCCGACUAUCGAAGCAAUUCGCGAUCUAAUCGCAUAUUCUCGCGAGCUGGUUUCCAAUGUCGCUGUUUGCGCCUCGCACCAAGCCCUCAUCACCAACAAUGUUUUGGAUUUGAGCAGGCUCGAUGCUGGUAAGGUAGAGCCCUCAUACGACAUUGUGGAUCUGCGAGCGCUCGCCAAUGAGACUGUUGGGAUGAUGGUCUCAAGAGCACGUGUAAAGUCCAUCAAUCUGCGGCUAGCCAAUGAUGAUGCUCCACCUUUGUAUUUGAAGGCAGAUUCAACUCUCAUGUCUCAAGUCUUGCUGAAUCUGAUAGGCAAUGCCGUGAAGUUCACCCCUGAGAACGGAAAUAUCGAGGUUGACAUAUACUCAGAGCCGCCGGAUCAAGAUGGACGAGUUGUUUUCCACGGCUCAGUAAUUGAUGAUGGUGUGGGGAUGACAGAAGCCGAACAACAGAGAUUAUUCAAGCGGUUCUCACAAGCCAACAAACGAGUUGCGCAGACAUACAAGGGCUCAGGAUUGGGUCUCAGCAUCAGCAAGGAAAUUGUCAAGGUUCUAGGUGGCGACAUGGCAGUCGAAAGUACUGCCGGUAUUGGCAGCACGUUCAGCUUCACCACUAUGCAUGAUUGUCCGACCGAGAGCGAGCUGGCUUCGUUCCGAGAGCAAGGCAAGAUUAGGACGACUACUGCUGCCACAGAUCUUGAAAAGUUCCAGAUGAGCAAUUCUGCAUCAAUCACACCAACACCCAAGUUCAAGAAGAUUUGCGUGGCCGAAGACAAUCCAAUCAACCUUCGUCACCUGUCCAAGAACUUGGAAUUCCUGGGCUAUGACUACGUUUUGUGUAACAAUGGCAAAGAAGCACUGGACAACUUUACUUCGCCAGAAUCAGAUGUUGAUGCAGUAAUUAUUGAUAUGAGCAUGCCCAUAAUGGACGGUCUUGAAGCAACACGUCUCAUGCGCAAGCACGAGAAGUCCAACCCGAGCACAAACCCUCGUCGCAUACGCAUACCCAUCAUUGCUCUAUCGGGCAAUGCCAUGAAGGAGCAAGUCGAAGAGGCCAUGGCGGCUGGAACAAGCGAUUACAUGAUCAAACCCUGCAAAAGGGCUCAACUAAAGGUCAUGCUCGAACAUUGGGAGCGUAUCAUACACGAUGGAUCUGCUCAUAUGCCGCUGGUUGCCAAGUGA